UAUUAUUAACUAAAUACACCUUUUGUGACACUCGAUUUUGCUCUAAAGCUUUUUUGUGGGUUUCUUUAAAGGUGUACCUACUGUACACAUCGACAACAUGGAACAUAUAAAUAGAAGAACUUCAGUUCAGAACGAAAGUAUUGCAUUGAAAGCACCACGACAUUUAAAACGAAAAUAUAGAACAUGGAAACCGAAAUCCAAGGAUUUUAUCGAAACAAGACUGUUUUUAUAACUGGCGGAACAGGAUUUUUAGGAAAAGUGGUCAUAGAGAAACUAUUGCGAACUACGGAGGUAAAGAAAAUAUAUUCCCUGACGAGGGAGAAACGUGGCAAGGACAUCAAGGAGCGUGUUGAGAUAUGGCGAAAUGAUCCUUUUUUCAAAACUCUUCGGGAAACGAAACCUUCGGCAUUUGAUCGAGUGCUACCCGUUGCUGGGAACUGCUUGGCUCCGGAUCUGGGACUAAGUGAAGUGGAUCGAAGAGUCCUCACCUCUGAAGUGCAGAUCGUGAUCCAUGGAGCAGCCACCGUUCGAUUCAAUGAACCACUACACGUGGCGCUGGCAAUCAACACUCGUGCCUCUCGGCUGAUGGUGCAACUGGCUAGGGAUAUGAGGCAUCUAGUCGCCUAUUUGCACGUUUCUACGACGUUUUCAAACUGCUUUAUCUUCCGGGUCAAGGAAAUCUUCUAUCCGGAACAUCUGUCCUGUGGAUCGGAGAAGGUUUUGGCCUUGAGCCAGUUAGUAAGCCCCCAAGUUCUGGAUGACAUGGAAUCGGCAUUAAGAGGCUCAUUUCCCAAUACCUAUACCUAUACAAAGGCCUUGGCAGAGGAUGUUGUCCUUAAGGAAUGUGAAGGACUGCCCAUCAGCAUUUUUAGACCUGCUAUAAUAACUGCUACUUGGAAGGACCCAGUGGCUGGGUUUAUAGACAACUUAUACGGGCCAACUGCUAUGGGCUAUGGUACUGGCCGCGGGAUCCUGCGUCUGACCAGCUACAAAAGAAACCAUCGUUCCAACAUCGUCCCAGCUGACUUAUGUGGCAAUUUAGUAUUGGCAUCCUUGUGGCACACUGCCAACGAGCAUUCGAAAGUCCCCCGCAGAGACCCAUCGAUCCAACCUACUAUAUACGCCCUCGCACCCACAGAAACCAAUGAUCUUUUUUCACAGGAUCUUGUCAAAAUGGCACUCGAGUCUCGUAAAACGUCGGCAUUGACCAAAAUGAUUUGGUAUCCAUUCUGCUACAAUGUGUCCUCACCGCGGCUCUUUCCUAUUUUGGCCUUUUUCUAUCAUACUCUUCCUGGAUACUUCUUUGACCUGGCUCUCCAACUAUCAGGGAGAAAACCUCGAUUAGUAAAAAUCUACAGGAAGCUUCAUUCCGGGUUGGCACUUAUGAAAUAUUUUUUACAAAAUAAUUUUUACUUUGACAUCAAAAAUUCGGAUCGGCUUUUCACGCUGAUGUCCCAGGAAGAUCGAUGCCUCUACGACUUCGAUAUGGAAAAUGUGGACUGGAGAGAUUAUUUAAAUAAAAGCAUUAGAGGCAUAAGGUUUUACUUAGCAAAGGACGAUCCGACUGAAGAAUCCAUUCAACGGGCUCAACGUUUACUGAAAAAAUUGAAAUUCGUGCACUACUCCUUCGUGACCUUACUGUGUUGCAUCUCUGGACUAUUGUUGUGGUUUCUAAUUAAAUUUCUUUGUAAUUUGAUUUCGUGUUGAUUUGACCAUAAAUAAAAUUGCGAU